AUGCAGCCUAACUCAGGAGGAAAUGGCUCAUAUGUUUCUGGUGAAAUCCUUCUGACCAAUCCUUCUACAUUCUGCUUGUACUUAGGUGCUAAAGGCGAAGAUCAGACAAAAUUUAAUGAUUAUACCCAUCAAACUCUCGGGGGUUGGAACUUCGGGGGAAAUGGCGGGAUUGACAAGAGCGAUAUCAAUGAACCAGAUUUUUCUUACCCUCCUGAAAGCGGCGCUGGAGGAGGAGGUGCUGUAGACCUUCGAUUAGAGUACGUAGACAUCAAUUCUCCACCCCUUGAUAAUAUAUCUUUAGAAAUUUCUUUGAAGAGUCGUAUUAUUGUGGCCGGUUCUGGGGGCGGUGCUGUUUCGAAUGAUAAUAAAUUUGGUAUGCCUGGUGGCUCCAUUAGCGCUGUGAAUAAUGGGAUGUAUAUCUUUGGAGGCACACAAACAAAAGGAGAAUUAGGAAAAGGAAUGGAUGCUGUUGACACUGAUGGUAAUCAGGGAGGUUCAGGUGGUUGUGGGAGCGGAUAUCGAGGUUGUUACAAUACAUUAUCAAAUAGUAUUCGAGGCAAUAAUAUAUUUGAGUUUGGUGGGUCAGGUGGAAGCUCAUAUAUUAGUGGACAUCCUGGCUGUAUAAGCCCUCAGUAUCCAUCAACUACUAUUGCUAAUGAAACGACUCCUUUUCACGAAUCUAAACUAUAUUUCACGAAAACAAAUAUGAAAGCUGGUAAUGAAUAUAUGCCAGAUCCAUUAAGCGAUGGAUAUAUUUUGGGACAUAUUGGCCAUGGUGUUUGUCGUAUCACUUUUUUAUUCAGUCCAUUUUGCCAGACCAAUGCUUAUUGUUUAUUGCAUGAUUUCUCGUUUUUAUUACAUUUAGUUUUUGUUUGUUUGGAUUCAGAAUAA